AUGAAUAUAUUAGCCGCGUUAGAACCUUAUUCUCUUUGUCUCCCAACCCAUUUCCUUGUGUCGACGCGUCUCGAGCCUGAUAAUCUCUUAGUCACCACUACAGUAUUUGUGCUACAUACGAAAAAACGCCACAACAUCACGAAACAGUCUCGAUUUGUCACCAUGGACGAAACCAGAGCCAAGGAGGUCGCUAACGUUGACGCCGAAAAGGUACCAUCGUCGCCCGAGAAGCUAGCCGCCGAAAAGGAGGCCCGACGAAAGGAACGCCGUGAAAAGGAAAAGACGGCUGAUCCUGAGCGCGAGAAGCGCAAGGAAGCAAAACGCAGGGAGCGCGAACGACGAGAGUCUCGGGGCGAAUCACGAGGAGAAUCACGAGGUGAUGACAAGGACAAGGAGCGUCGACGACGAGAGAAGGAAAAGGAAAAGGACAGGGAAAAGGAAGAGCGACGGGCUCGAAAAGUUGCUUUUGACUCGACCAAGCACGACAACAAUGGUGGCUCUCCAACCCACCCGGUGCAACAGUCAGCUACGGCGGCAUCUCUCUUCUCAGAGCUACCUGUGCACAUCCAGGAGGUUCCACCCUAUGUGGGCUGUGAAAAGGACCUCUCUGUGGCCGAGUUUUCCGACAAGGUCGACAUGGCUCGGGUCAAGGAGACUCUGAUCGACACUGUCGUCCCUCACGCCCAGUUCCAGGAGCUGGCACGUGUGGAGCGGUUCAACAACAUUUCCUUUGACGACUGGCAGGCUGAAGGAACUCGACUGGCCGAGGUGGCAGCUUCCCUGAUCAACCGUCUCGUGGAGCUUCGAAAGGCCCGAAUUGUGGGCUAUAAGGAGAUCCAGGAGACUGUCGACCGACACGCUGCGAAGCUGGAGUCGCAUGGCCAGGAGACCGAGUCCCAGAUGUCCGGGUUCCAGGCCAAGGCCAGUGAGAUUCUCAAAAUUAUCGAUUUGACCCUCUGA